AUGGCUAAGGGACAGCCUCAGCGGAGACAGGACACAUGGACACCUCUGCAGAACAGAACAGAGUCAAACACAAAAAUGAAACUCACAAGGUGUGGAAAGAUUAUCCUGGGUAUCUUAAUGACGGUGAUUGCUGCAGUAGUCAUUGGACUCAUUGUCUAUUUUGUUGCUUAUGGGAAGACACCUUACUACUAUCACAUCAGCUUUAAAGUCAACAACAUUGACUAUGACAGCAAGUUUGAAAAAUCAUAUUCACAAGAAUAUAUGGACCUAAAUAAAAAGAUAGUAUCUUUGAUAAAUGAAAUAUUUCAUGGAUCCAAAUUGAGAAGGCAGUAUGUCAGAUCUCAUAUUGUCCAAGUAAGCCAAGCCCAAGGGAAAGUGAUAAUACACACUGUGCUGAAGUUUAAAUCCUGUUAUAAAAAUAGUGCAGCAAAAUUUGGGAAUAAGAUCAAAACCAUUUUACAACAGAAGCUAAAGGGUGAAACUGAGUCUUUAUGUAUAGAUCCUUCCUCAUUUAAAUUUUCAGACAUUGCAAUGCCAGCAGCAGAAAAUCUCCUCCAUACCUGUUGUGGACAACGCACAAUAACUCCCUCUGGCAACAAAGUGGCAGGGGGCCUGGAUGCCGAGGAAGGGGAGUGGCCCUGGCAAGCUAGCCUCCAGUGGAACAGUGUCCACCGAUGUGGAGCCACUCUGAUUAGUAACAGCUGGCUUAUCACUGCUGCUCACUGUUUUGUAAAUGACAAUGAUCCCAAAGAAUGGAAUGUUAGUUUUGGGCUUCUUUUAAGUGAUCCACAAACACAGCGAAGUAUCAAGGAUAUUAUAAUUCAUGAAAACUACCAUUACCCGGCACAUGAUAAUGACAUUGCUGUUGUGCACCUGUCUUCACCAGUAUUAUAUACAAGCAACAUCCGAAGAGCAUGUCUUCCAGAAGCUACUUAUACAUUCCCACCCAAUUCAGAUGUGGUGGUCACUGGUUGGGGAACACUGAAGUCUGAUGGAACAAGUCCUAAUAUACUCCAAAAGGGAUUAGUGAAGAUUAUAGAUAAUAAGAUCUGCAACAGUAGAGAGGCAUACAGUGGAGUCAUUACACCUGGAAUGUUGUGUGCCGGGUACCUGGAGGGACGUGUGGAUGCCUGCCAGGGUGACUCUGGUGGACCACUGGUUGGUGCAAAUUCUAAAGGCAUCUGGUUUCUUGCUGGUAUCGUAAGCUGGGGAGAUGAAUGUGCUCUUCCAAACAAGCCUGGUGUCUACACUCGAGUGACAUACUAUCGAGACUGGAUCAAGUCCAAAACGGGUCUUUAG